AUGCUUGAGAUUCUUCAGGGUCUGAUGCUUUCGUUGCUCAAGCGAAGGAUAGCAGAGUUAGCUGCUGGUCAGGCUCAGAACCAUGACGAUAUUGAUGAUUUAAUAUAUGCCCCGGAGUAUGAGGAUGACUCCGUACUGGUCAGUGUAUUUCAAUUGUUCAUUUUUGCAUACAGCAAUGCUCAAGCUCAGUCCAUCACUACGGACGCGCCCCGGACCAACACCCUCACCUCCUACCCAGAGUUCAUUCGUGGACUGGGAAUUGUACCAUCUCUCUCUAAAUACUCGAAAUUCACGACAGAAACGGUCCUGUUCGGCUUGAUCCCACGAUUGUUCCGUUGA